UCAUAGCACAUAUAACGUAAACAAAAUCCUGUUUUGAAUUUCAUUCUAUAUAUAUAUGGCUUGGAUCAUUAAACAUAUUGUAACAAUAUGCUUCUUUUUGGGGUAUUACCAAACACUGCCUAUUUAUGGAGAAACAAUCAGAGCACCACCUCACUAUAAGGUGGUUAAUGUCAGCUCUUUGGAGCCAAAACCCUACUGCCAGAGGUCAAGCUCAGGCUCGAAAAUCGGAUCGCAAAAAUUGGAGAUCGUAUCAAGAUUUGGACCUUGCUUUCCAAAUACUAGUCGAACGAAAACUGCAUCAUCCAACGAACUUCUAAAUUGGGAUCAAGCUAGAGUUCGUUCAAUCAAUAAAAGAGUGAAUGACCAUCUUUACAGUAACAGUCUUUCUGAGGAUGGACUUGAUCCAACUAUUGAAGGUAAGUAUGAAUUUGGGGGGGUCUAUAAUGUAAAGAUAGGUCUUGGCACACCAAAACAAGAUUAUUACUUAAUGAUGGAUACUGGUAGCCAACCAACUUGGGUACGUUGCCAAUCCUGCACCAAAGGUUGCAAAUCAGAGAAUCCUCUGUAUGACCCUUCAAAAUCCUCGACAUAUACAAAUAAUACAUCGGUUCCAUUUCGUGUUGGUUAUGGUGAUAACUCAUAUACGAAUGGCAUUUGGGGAUGUGAUACUCUCACUAUAGAGGGUAUUGGUGCAAUAAACAACUUCCGAUUUGGUUGUGGCCAAGAAAAUGUUGAUGGAACUGGCAAUAACUUUGGUGAUGUAGCUGGAAUACUUGGACUUGGCAGAGGAGAGUUAUCUUUUCCAUCUCAAAUUCAAAGUGCGUCAUCAACGCAAAUGUUUAGUUAUUAUGUCCCAUUAACAAAUAGCCAUGUGGGAAAUCUAGAAUUUGGGAAUGAAGCCAAGAAGAAAUCUUACGCUUGUUCAAACCAAUUUACACCAUUGGUAAAAGGCCCCGAACCAGUAUUCUACUAUCUUGACCUAGUUGGAAUAAGUGUAGCUGGAAAUAAACUCAACGUCACAUCGACAACAUUCACUAAUGAAGGAACAGUUAUAGACAGUGGAACGGUAAUCACUCGAUUGCCACGAGCUGUAUACUCUGCGUUUCGUGCUGCUUUUAGACAGUCGAUGUCGAGUUACACAUUAUUAGAAAAUGUUGAUGAGCUGAUGGACACCUGCUACAGCUUCAAGGGAUACGAACAAAUUGUUUUACCAGAGAUUAAAUUCCAUUUUGGAGAAGGAACUAGUACUACUACUGAUGUGAAGUUGUCAAACAAUGGGAUUUUAUGGAUGAAAGAUGAUAGAGUGAAGUGUUUGGCUUUUGCUGCAAAGGAAAACGAUGAGCAUGUCAGCAUUAUUGGUUACGUUCAACAGCGGGGAUUCAAUGUGCUUUAUGAUUUGGAAAGGGAAAGAAUUGGGUUUGGCAGUAACUGCGCUAGCUAGCUGGUCGGUAAUUGUUAUUUUCUGCAAAAUAAUCGACCAAAGUUGGUCGGUUAUUACGUCAACAUUGAUC